GUUUAACGCGAGUCAUGCAACGUCAACGCCAAUUCUAGGUACAUGACAUUUGCCUGUGGUUCCGGGGCCAAUCACGGAAAAUAUUUUUGACUAAAUGCACAGGUGCUCCGUACAAUGGUAUUUACCAUAUACAACAAUGGAUCCAAAAUAGCCGAUGCGACGCCGUGUGGAUUAGGACCACUGUACCACAAAGUUGAGUCGGUAAUCUCAGACUGUGGUUCCACAUACUGUACCCAAUGCACAAUAAGUCGUUAACCGAGCUACCUUCUAGAACCUAUAUAUAGACCUUGCAUGGUGCUGCCUUGCAACCCAGGUACUCUUCCCCCAUCCCCGCAACAUAGUCAUGAGCACCCCGUCAAUCAACCGUGCCCAACCAGGAAAACGUCAAAUCUUUCUACCAGAUCGUCUCUUCACUAGUUCUACUAACAAGCUCGAUGCUUCCUCGUCUCCUGUCGCUAGUAACCUUGGCCCUCAGCUUCCGCUAAACGACCCGCCCAGACGAAAUCACGCACCACCUUUCUCUACCAAAUGCAAACGGUUACAUCGUGCGCCGCUGUGUACAAAGAGCGAGGGCAUUACGAGGACUCCCCAGUCUAUCCUCAAUAUCUCGAAUAGCUAUCAGCUCAAGAGUGUCAAACGAUCCAAGAAUCUCUGGAAGAAUCUGAAGGCCUACGUUGACGCUGGAAUACCCAAGGGUAGAAAGAAGGAUCAAUAUCUUACCACCUGGUCCGCGAAUGGAGCGCCUGAGCUGGCUGAUGCUAAACAACAAGCUGAUGCCGUAUACGCUCUUGGAGGAUGGGCUGCCUUGCAAGCUGGCAGACCUGAAGGUUUAGUCAACUCUGAAAUGGCGGUUGAAGACCAAGUUUGCUCUCAGCUAAUCGAGCCACUUGAUCUCAUGAUGAGAACUCGAUACAGAAACACCGUUACUAACCCUCUCGUGAAAACGAAAGAAACUUGGAUAGAUCACCGUACGAAAGAGAAGAUGGCCGCACCUGAGGAUGCUUGCACGCCACAAUGGGGUCGACCUGUGCCGGCUUCGCAUGUGGUCAAGAUGAAAUCCAAGGCAAGCAGAAAAAAAGCCGGGUAUCCCGAUCUCAUCACCUACAAGAGCCCUGAUUAUCAAGAUCAUGGCGCCAUCAUUGAAAUUAAAAGCUUCCUGGCCUUUACGGAUGCUGCUUUUGACACAUUUUUUACCAUUCCCGUGUUUGCUAAAGACAACUCCGGUCUCUUCGCUUGGCAUGAGAUAGGAAAGAUGCAUAAGCUCGUGCGCCAGAUCUGGGGUGAAUUGCAUUCCUUCAAGGCUAGAUGGGGUUUUGUCACCAACGGAAGCAAGAUCAUUGUCUUCGUCAAAACUGGACGCAAUGAACUUACAUUUUCUGAGGUCCAAGACUGGGAACAGGACGACGUUUUGCAUGCUUUGACUGGACUGACUUUUGCUGCCAUUGAUAGUCUGACGGUAAACACACUGAUCUCCAAGAUUUGCCCCGCUGCAGAUCGCGACACUGACUUCCAACGUGCCCUUGCUACCGUGGCUGAGGAGGAAGAACCUGCCGCUGAGGAAGAGGAAGAGGAUGCCGACUCUGAUGACGCCGAGGACUCUGCAUGACGCUGCAUGUUUACUACAACGAAUAUGUCACAGAACUAAUGUUUUUUUAUUUAAUAUCAUGUUGUUACUUACUACCUCGAAGGAACUCUGCUAAAGUUUUGUACCGCAAAUAUACUCAAUAAAAUACUAGUCUUUCUGAAAUG